AUGACAUCCAGGUACGUCUACAAUUAUGGCGGCAUCCGGACGCCGUCAUUCCGUCCAAAAGUGAGAUUUUCCGUAGUCCAUUUUCAUGUACCUGACACGGCGUCCUAUCGUAUCGUUGGACGCUCGUCUGUGCUGAGCAUCCAGACGGCCGUCUUGAAAGGAUCCUUUUGUGAUGAGAUGCUUUACACAAAAAGCAACAGCUAUCAGUACAAGACGGGCGUUCAGACUAUCGUCCUAAUGCGUCAUUUUUUGCGGGGCGCGGACGCCGUCAUCCCAUCCAAAAGUGAGACUUUCAGUAGUCCGUUUGAGACCUUGGACGGGCGUCCUAGGGCUCAAACAGACUGCGGUUUUUACCCGUCUUUUGUUAACCCAAGUUAUAUUUGAAAAUUAGGAGUUACAGCACUAGAAACAAACUUAAUACAAAAAGUGUUUAAAUCGCGAAAGAUACUUAAAAAGCACUAAGAGUACAUGCAUUUGUACUUUAUGAUCGAAAAGGUCGAGAAUAUCUUUUCUAGGUAGAGACAGUUAAAUGUACAAGUAAAUAUAAUUUAUAUCAUUUCAUUUUUUUAUAAUAUUUGCUUAAAUCUACUUUAUUAUUCUUUGUAUGACAUUUAUUUAAACUGAUUAUCCUACUUAAAUGUUAUAUACCAUUUAAGUUAUGUUUAACUAUGUGCUGCCUCAGCACAUAGUCUUUUUCUUCACAAGAGUAUUUUUUAACCUUUGUUUAUACAUUUUAUGGAGCUUAAAAAAUAUGAGAUUACGCUGUGAGUGCAAGCAUUUUAAAAACGCUACUUUUCUUAGUUGAUCUAGAGUUUCAUAGAAGAACUAUAUCUUAAAGGUAAGCUGAAUCGUGUAUAAGCAUAGAAUCGUUCGAGAGUUUAAUGUUUAUGUAAACGUGUUACUCAAAUGAAUAGCUGUUACGAUUUUAAAAGAACACCGGCUGAUAAGAAAACUUUUAUGUAACUAAGAAUUCCUAUAUGGAUGUGUACAUCCGACAUUGUGCUAUAUUUCGCUUUCUCCCAAAUGGCUUGCUUACUAGAUAAUUUUCAACUCUGCGAUUUUGAUAUCGCGUUAGUAAAAUCAUUCGAGGCCAAAAACAGCUCAUGGCUAAAGCUUUAUUUUAGUCUCAUUUUGGGCAGAAAGGAGGAGGGCGGAUAAGGUAGGUUUCCCGCACCCAAUGGAAUUGCAUUUUUUCUAUCAGAAACAUGUCAGGGGAUUAUUUGAAACAUUUUGUACCACUUAGUUUUUCAAAAUUUUUUUGGA